GGUAUAUAUAGGUUGGAUGUCGGUGUCCUCGGUUUCCUUCAACACCGACGUCAAUGUAAGAUAUGAGAGAUUGUCGACGGAGUAUGCAAAGCUCCGCUCACAUGUAAAGGUGUUGAGUGAAGGGGUUAUCUCAGAACGGAAGAAAAAUGAAGCCUUCAUUGAAAGGAUCCAAGAACUGGAAAUGCAACUCCACAAAGUUAUCGCGGAGAAUGAAAGUCUUGCGUUUCGAAACGAUCAGCUGGUGAAACGAGUUGAAAGCCUGCAAGGUGAAUUGGACGCAGCAAACCAUUGCAGAGUAGGAUCGGUCAAGAAAGUGAAGUUGAAAAAAUCAAAAGAUGCCAAGGAAUUGCUGGCUGAGAUAGCGGUCUUAGGCGAACGCAUCGCUGUUAUGGAGGAGGAAUUGCAGAAUAAGAUAAAGCAGAAUGAGGAACUGAAUGGCAAGAUGAGUGAACUCGAAGAACAUCAUGCUAGAGAGAUUGCAGCACUUUCCGCUGAGUUCGCUCGAAAGUUAGAAGAAGCUGAGUCGCAUAAAGCCAAAGAGCAUAAACCAGAAAGGCCCGUGAAAUCUGUAAGACCACUGGAGCAAUCAGUCGAGAUUCGCAGCAUUCUAACGGAAUCGUCCUCGCCAACCCCACCACCCAUUAACGAAGCUUAUCUGCAGAUUGCGGAGUCGACAAGAAACUCGCUAAAAGGAUUGUCCACGUUGUUCGAGCUCUUGUAUCAGCGAACACAAGUGUAUCCCUUUGAUGCUUCUAUGGAAUUAGUCCCAAAUCACAUUAAAAAGCUUUCAUCGGAACUUGCAACGUGUUCACAACUUUUUGGACAUCCCGUCGAAGUUGUAGAACGAUGUAUUCAGAAAGCAGAAUUUCAGGGAUCGACGGACGUUAGUGAUCUGCAAAACGCUUUGAGUGCCGUGGUUCGUCAUUGCAAAAUCAUGAUGUUAGAGUUGCUGAAACGUCUUGCUGUAGAGGAAAGCAAGAUCACUUGGUGCGAUUCUCAAUUAGAGAAGCUGAAUAAUACUUGGUAUGCGAAUAUGUGUCGCCUCGUGACAACGAUCGACAUGAUUAGUUCUGCGCUAGCCAGCAUAUCCUCGAAUGAUCAUGAUGGAGGAGAGAAGCUUUGCAUAGCAUUAGAAGAAGGCGUCGCUGUAGUAAAAGAGCUGGAGUCAACCUUUUGCACCCGUUGGACCAUCGAAUCACGCUUUCCAACUGCUAACAAAAAGAUUUGUUGCAUUGGUACAGCAACGGUCCAUUGCCUUUCACGCCUUGUUGUGGAAGUGGGAAAGAUGUCUGCACGGAUACAUGCCAUUAAUGGACUGAUUUUGGAAGACGAAAAAGCCCCGCAACCUUCUGCAAAUGGUGUUCCCAACGAGGGCAAUCCGUUUGACGAUGAGUGUGAUGAUGAUACAGUCACGCAGCCAGGUUCGCCCACUAGCAAAGAAUGGUCAAGGGCUAGCAUAGGAGUUGACACAUCGGACCUCUUGGGCUCCUUUGAAAGUGUGGGUGCGUGUGUUAGCGAUUCUCCUACAAGUUCUCGGAAAGAAGAUCCUUCAGCUGAACAGAUGAUCAAUUCUCUCAAAGCAAGAGUGAACACACUCGAGUCAGAGAAAGAAGGAUAUAUGGUUGAUUUGUCGCUGCUGAGACGCAAACUCGAGAAUUUGGGAGCAAAAGAAAACAGUGAUGGUAGCCCAUCAGAAGUUGAUAUGUUGAAACAAGUGAAUCGCGAACGUCUUCUGGGCAUGAUGGAUAAUCUGCAAAUGGCCGAAUGCGCUAUGAACUACUACAAGGGUGAAUGUGAGAUACUGCUACGCAAGUAUUACUUAUGCGAGGAAAAGAAGCGGGAACUGGAGGAGACUGUUCGAGACAUGAGGCGUGAAUUGACGGCACUUACGGAUGAACUGGCUAUCGUUCGCCGCGGAUACGAUGAUCAGUUGUCGCAGAUGACGGAACAUGUCGCGGAACUGAACGGAAAACUUGCUGGCAUUGAACGAGAACGGAGUGAGCAAAAAGUGCCGGCUACGCCACAAAGAAGCGGGCUGAAGUCUCUUUUCCUAAAAUGAGUAUUCAAUCUUGCCGGAGAGUGGAUGGUGCUUGUCAACGAUUCGGUAUCAAUACACUGUGAUAUAGAGCACUUUCGUACAUAUUG